AUGCUUGCCGCCGCCCUUCUUGUCGUCGCCACCUUCUCGCCAGCGGCGGCCUCGGUGUCGGACCCCCGGGUGGACGACGGCCUGCGAUCCUUGCAAGACCUGGCCUAUGGCAGGCGCCUUCUGGAACCUGGCCUAUCUCUGGAGGGCUCCCAAGCUAUAGGCUGGAACAAACUUCUGGCGCAGCAUCCACAGUUUUUGAGAGGAAGGAACAUACUGCAAGAUGCGGAAGAUGAGGAACUUCUGUCUGCAGCUGCAUCUGGGGAUGAGGAAGAAGUUGCACGCCUGAUUGAUGAUGGCGCAGAUGUGGAUGGUACCGAUGACAAUGGAAACACGCCUCUAAUUCUUGCUGCUUCCAAUGGCCACGUUGACGUAAUAAGGGCUCUUCUGGAUGCUGGUGCUGAUAUAGACAAGCAGGGGGAAGGCAGCAUCACAGCUAUAGGUGCAGCAGCUGCUGCUGGGCAAGUGUCUUCCGUCACGACUCUUGCUGAGGCAGGAGCAGACUUGGAACUUCAGGAUGAUCUAGAACUUACACCGCUUGUCCAUGCCAUCCGCACUGCUGGUGGAAACAUUGCUAUUGUAGAGGCACUUUUAGAUGCCGGAGCUGAGGUGGAUGGCAGGGUACUUGAUCAGUUCACACCUCUCAUGGCCGCUGCGAUAAACGGAUUCGACAGAAUUGUGGCGUUGCUGCUCGAAAGAGGGGCUGUCAUUUCCCUAACGAACGUAUCUGGACAAAGAGCACUGCAUCUUGCAUGCCGAGGCGGCUCAACCAAAGUUGUGCAGGUCCUCCUGGAUGCUGGCGCUGACAUCGAGGCUGAAACAACUGGGAUGCAAACCCCAUUUUUGGUAGGUGCGUUGUUUGGGCAUCCUCAGAUUCUUCGCCUGCUCUUGUCUGAGGGAGCAAAUCCCAAUGCUACUGCCAGAGGACGCACAGCCUUGCAUCUGGGUGCCAUUUUUCCCAGCAACAUCGCUGUCCUGGAGAUUGGCCUCGACGAAGGGAUAGACAUUGAUGCCAAGAGCGACUUUGAGGACACUGCUGUGAACGAAGCGGCGUUUUGGGGAAACAAGAGGAACGUCGAGUUCCUUCUAGAGCAGGGGGCGGACCCAGCCCUAAACGCAGUACCCGUUUGCGGAUGCAAAGAUUUAGAACCCGAUCCAAACACGCUGGGAUGUCCUGUUGGCAACUGCGACGACCAGGAGGAUAUCGAUGCACUAAGGGCCCUAUUUUCUGAUGCUGGAGGUGAAGAGACGAUUCAUGAUGCCGCCGCGUCCGGGGACGUGGAGGCGGUGAAGCAACUCAUCGAGGAUGGUGCGGACGUCAACGAGCCAGGACCUAAUGGUGACACGGCACUCCACGUCGCAGCCACAAGAGGCCUGGAAGAGAUAGCCAUGGUGCUGCUGGAGGCGGGCGCUGACCCAGAUACCUUAAGGGAGGACGGGCAUUCACCACUGCACCUGGUUGCUGUAUUCGGCCACAGUGACGUAGGGGAACUGCUGAUUGAGGCUGGCGCAGACCUUGAACUGAGGUCCACAGAGGGUGUCGUUGCCUUGCAUUUGGCCGCAUUUCAUGGGCGCCUCAACGUGAUGCAGAUACUGUUGGAUGCUGGAGCGGACGUAGACUCUCAGACAUUUCAAAGUGGCGCCACUUCUCUGAUUCUUGCCGCUGCACAAAACGAGCUGGCUGUGGUUCGGGCUCUGAUCGACGGUGGUGCCGAUGUCACUAUCACCGAUGACAACGGGAACACAGCGCUGCACAUUGCUGCCGAGGCACUGGGAACAGAGGCGAUCAUGCAGAUACUUCUGGACGAGGGCAUCGACGUGAACCAACAGAAUACCAUAGGAGUCACUCCCAUUGGGUGGGCCGCAUUUUGGGGUAAUGUCGAUGGCAUAAAGUUCCUGCUUUCGCAAGGCGCCGAUCCAACCCUCGACUCUGGAAAUGCGCAAUUUGACGAGACGUGUGGAUGCACCCGGUUCAUUGGCGUCGAGCUUGCGCGGCAGUGCACUCCCGGAUCAUGCCAAACGCAGGACGAUGUAGAUGAAAUAGAUGAGCUGAUGGGCAGGACGGAGAGCCCCACGGGGGCAGCCUCAGGAACCCCGCCGACCACUCCUUCACCUCCUGCCUCUCCCGCUGAUCCGUCUCCAUCUCCUGACUCUCCCACUAGCCCGUCUCCGCCUCCGGCCUCUCCCGGCGCCCCGUCUGGGCCCCCGGCGGCUACCAUAGGUAACUUUGAAACGGUCGACUGCCAAAAGCUGCCCACUGUCUUGGAGCGCCUGGAGUGCGUUGCGGCAACGGGCAACAGGAGGCUAAGGUGA